UACUCUGCCUGUACCGAGCUCCGCACAAAAGUUAUAGACUUCCCGCACCUCGAUCCCCCUCGAGCAGAACCAUAUGAUGUCUGAGCAACUCGCCGAGCAGACCGCAAAUCUCUCCGUCUCUGAGGCCCCCGCCGCCGUUGCUCCCUCCGCUCCCGCGACUGCCGAUGCUCCUGCUGAAGGUGCUGAGCCCGUUGUCCUCGGUGAGGACGGCAAGCCCCUCUCCAAGAAGGCGUUGAAGAAGAUGCAGGAGAAGGCCGAGAAGGAAAGGAAGAGGAAGGAGCAGGAGGCCAAGCAGGCCGCUGAGCGUGCCGCCAAGGAAGCCGCCGAGGACUUUGCGAAGGAGAACUACGGAAAGCAGGCUAUGAACCAAUCUACCAGCCGUUCCGGCACCAAGCGUGCUCAACUCGCCGAGAUCAGCGGUGCGAACGACGGAGAGGAGGUCGUCAUCCGUGCUCGUGUCCACACUUCCCGGUUGCAGGGUAACACCAUGUGUUUCUUGUCUCUUCGUCAGCAGCAACACACCAUCCAGGCCCUCGUCAAGGCCAACAAGGAGACCAUCUCUAAGCCUAUGAUCAAGUGGACCGGCUCCAUCAACCUCGAGUCCAUUGUCCUCGUCCACGGUGUUGUCAAGAAGACCGCCGAGACCAUCAAGUCCACCUCCAUCCAGGACGCCGAAGUCCACGUUUCUAAGAUCUACGUCAUGUCCGAGGCCGCCCCUCAACUUCCCUUCCAGCUCGAGGAUGCUCAGCGCUCUGACGAAGCUGCCGACGAGCUCGGUCUCCCCAAGGUCGGUCUCGACACCCGUCUCAACAACCGCGUCGUCGACCUCCGCACCACCACCAACCAAUCUAUCUUCCGCAUCUCCUCCGGCAUCUGCCAACUCUUUAAAGAAUAUCUCCUCUCCCAGAGCUUCGUCGAGAUCCACACCCCCAAGAUCAUCGCCGCUGCCUCUGAGGGUGGUGCUAACGUCUUCAAGAUGAACUACUUCAAGGGUAACGCAUACCUCGCCCAGUCUCCCCAACUCUACAAGCAGAUGCUCAUCGCAGCCGACUACGAGCGUGUGUUCGAGAUCGCACCUGUUUUCCGUGCUGAGGACUCGAACACCCCCCGCCACAUGACCGAGUUCAUCGGUCUCGAUUUCGAGAUGGCUUUCGAGGAGCACUACCACGAAGCUGUCGACGUGAUCGAGGGUCUCUUCCUUGCCAUCUUCCGUGGGUUGAAGGAGCGCUUCUCCGCCGAGAUCGCUACCAUCCGCAAGCAAUUCCCCAAUGUCGAGGACUUCCUCCUCCCCGAGACCCCAGUCCGCCUUACCUUUAAGGAGGGUAUCCAGCUCCUCAACGACAACGGUGUCAACGCUUCCCCCCUCGAGGACCUCUCCACCGAGCACGAAAAGACCCUCGGUGCCCUCGUCCGCGAAAAGUACAAGACCGAUUUCUACAUCCUUGACAAAUUCCCUCUCGCCGUCCGUCCCUUCUACACUAUGCCCGACCCCAACGACCCCGAGUACUCCAAUUCUUACGACGCCUUCAUGCGUGGACAGGAGAUCUUGUCCGGUGCUCAGCGUAUCCACGACCCUGCGUACCUUGCACAGAGAAUUCAGGAGAUGGGUGUUGACCCCAGCACGUUGCAGGACUACAUCGACGCGUUCAAGUACGGUGCGCCACCGCACGCUGGAGGAGGUAUUGGAUUGGAGCGUGUCAUUUUCUUGUACCUCGGAUUGGAGAACAUUAGGAGGGCGUCUCUGUUCCCUAGGGACCCCAGGCGUUUGACUCCUUAAGUAGAGCGAGAAGGAAAAGGGUACGAUGUAGGAUUAUGCAGAUGAUAGAAAAUAAUAUAAUAGCAUUCCGCAGAGU